UAUGCGCGGUACCUCGCGGCGCACGCACACUCACCUGCAUCUCUCAGCUCGCCCUCCACUCGACCCGGUUUUAGUUUUAUUUUAUAUUUCCCACAAUCGGUUGUUGUUGUUUUGCUGUUGGUUUUGUACCUUUUUCGGAUGUACACCCCUACUUCUCCUUCAUGUGUGCGUGUGUGGUGCGCUGUGUAUGUGUGCUCUCCCCGUAUUUUUUGCGGUUUCGCAAAAAACACACAACCAGCGGCCUAUCAUAUGGGAGAAUGGAACCCGAAAAGAAGAACAGACCGUGGCCAGACCCAGAACGGGAGGGGAAGGGUAGGUUCCACAGGGGAUAGGUAGGUUGGAGCGGUGGGGAGGGAGCUAAUGUGCGCGCUUGUUCCUCGCAUCGCGCAAACCAUCUUUACCAGUCUCCGUUCUGCCGCUUGGUCUUGCGCGUUUGCGGGCUGUCGUUUUGGGCCAAACGACGACCACUCCGGCCUCCAUCUCUCUGUCUGUGUGUGUAGUAUUUAGUGUGUUGUACGUGCGCCACCCGAAAGCCGCACGGUGAACAGAGGCGCGCGCGCCCGGCGCAAUCGGUCCGUGGUUCGAUUUUGAAUAUCGCGUUCACUCGCUCGCGUUUUGUUCGUUGGGUUGCCGGUGCCGAAAACGGUUGUGUGGUAGCGCCCGCUUUGCUGCAGUUCAAUUUUCGCCCGUUUCGCGCGUUCGUCUGCGCAGUCGCCUUGCGCCACCUGAAAGGAAGAUCCGUGUGCGUGCGUGCGUCUGGUUGGGUAGAACACAUCCGGUAGAGCAGCUCGGUCCGGGACACAGUUGUCGUGGUGCGGCCGCAGAAGUCUGACAAACGGUUGGGCAAGGUAGGAACCAGCCGGCACGGACAGCGCAAGGAUAAUACGGCAUCAUGUGCAGCGUAUCGAUCAGUACACAACCCGUACCCGUACCGGGGCGUCCAGUGACGAAACUUCCGGCCCGCUGUGGCUGUGGCAUGUGAGGGAAGCUCGCUAGUGGCAAACGAACCAACACCGGGGUCAAGAUCGUGCUUUCAAGGGAAAAACGUGUAGUGCAUUGGGCAAACCAACUCCCCCACCCCCUGUCACUAAGUGUUGCUCACCCCCUUUUUUCCAGCAGUGGCAAGUCCACCGUCAUCCUCACCAUCGGACGAGAGAAAACAUACACCCUGAACGACAAUGUGAACGUCAAAACGCGCUGUCGGGCCGUUUGCACAGGGGAUGCAUUUGGAGUUUAUCUUGGUGAGAGGUGUGAUCUGGUCCAAUUUCCGGGUGUGUUUUGCCGGGAGUGUGUACCGGUGUGAGUGUGCUUGUGCGUGCAGUUAAGUGUUUCAAGUGUACCGCAGUGUGACCGUGCUAGUUGGCAAACGGCGGGUGCCGAUUCGAUUAACUGAACUGAAGUGCUGCAACAGGAAAGGAAACGAUUAAUUAUGCGUUUGGUACUGGUUGUGAUCUAUCUGAUACUGAUAAUGCCCAUCACCGGCCUGUGGAGAGCCGAAGGUAGCAAUGUGCUGCUCGACCCGGACCGGGUCUGCGAAAGCAAGCACCGGAAGUCGCAGCGGCUUUCGGGGAAGUUGGCCGACAUCUGCAAGAACGACACGUCGCUGAUGCGCGAGAUUCACCGUGGCAUCAGCCUCGGGUUUCGGGAAUGCGAGAACCAAUUCCGGCACAACAUGUGGAAUUGCUCCUGGACCAUCAAACGCAGCAUGCGCCGAAUUUUGGCCAAAGAUACCCGCGAAACCGCGUUCGUGCACGCGAUCACCGCCGCCGGCAUCACGUACGCGGUAACGAAGGCCUGCACGAUGGGCGACCUGCUCGAAUGUUCCUGCCAGAAGCACACGAAAUCGAAACCGGGCGACGAGGGUCGUCGGGGCGGACGGGGUGGCUUCAGGCCGGCCGGUGGUGGGAACCGUCGCCGUGUCGGUGGCAAUCGGGCCAACCAGAACCCGGGCCCGCAGAUUGCGCCCUAUCAGCAAAAUGUCAAUGCGAACCCGGCCUACAGCACACUGACAGCGGCCGAGAUUGCGCGCAAUGGUCGCGUCCAGGCAUCGGUACGCCGACCGAACGGACGGACCCAGCGCCAUUCACCGAAGGGUGGGACGGUGGCGGCCGGAGGGACCGUCCCUAGCGUGGGUCUGCCCAAGGAGCUUCCCACGAUACUCACGGGCCAGGAAGAGAAAUGGAAGUGGGGCGGUUGUGACGAUAAUGUGAAUUUCGGUGUCCGAAAAUCGAAAGACUUCCUGGACGCACGGUUGCGCAAGAAGAGUGACAUUAAGACGCUCGUCCGGCUGCACAACAAUGACGCGGGACGUUUGGCCGUCAAGCAGUUUAUGCGCAUGGAGUGUAAAUGUCACGGGCUGUCCGGAUCGUGCACGACCAAGACCUGCUGGAUGAAGUUGCCACCGUUCUCGGAGGUCGGGGCCCGGCUGAAGGAACACUUUGACGGUGCGACGAAGGUGAUCGCCCGGAACGAUGGACAUAGCUUCAUGCCGGACGAUGCGACGAUCAAGCUGCCGACCAAGCGCGACCUAGUGUACACCGAGGAUUCGGAUGACUUUUGCGAACCGAACGCCAAAACGGGCUCGCUCGGGACGCACGGACGGGAGUGCAACAUUACGUCGAGCGGUGUCGAUGGCUGCAGCCUGAUGUGCUGCAAGCGUGGCCAGUCCCACAGUCAGGUGGAGGUGAAGCGAAACUGUAACUGCAGCUUCAAAUGGUGCUGCGAGGUAACGUGCAGCACCUGCAUCGACAUUCAGGAUGUGUACACCUGCAAAUGAGCAGCCAGGAUUGGAUCAGGAGCUGGAUGUUAGAGACGAAUGUUCUUCUGUUUCUUUGGUUGUGCAAAGCAGCAAAUCUUUGAACAUGUGGUACAAGGGAGGAGAUAGAGAAACUCGGAGCCAGUAGUGAUCACAAUGACAACAGCAGGACAACUAACCUGUUUUACAAGCGAAGAUAUGAUCGAGGGAAUUGCUGAAGCUGGGCAUCAAAAGCUUCAAAGCAGAAUUGCUAAAGACUGAUGAAAAUAUUUGUGAAGUUUAAACAGAUAUGAGCGCACCACAUGUUACUAUCUAAUACAAAAAUCGUAAAGUGAUGGAGUUGCCACAAGUUGAUGCCACAAAAGGAUCAAAUGGAG